AUGGGUGUCAAGAACAAGACUCAAGUGACCGUGUUUGAAUUUUCUGGUCUUACUGAUGAUAAAUUGUUUGCCCAGUUCCUCUUUGUGCUCUUUUUAAUGGUUUACAUAGUGGCCUUGCUUGGAAACAUUGGGAUGAUGGCAAUGGUACAUAUUUUACCCAGCCUCCACACUCCAAUGUACUACUUACUGAGAUAUCUGUCUAUGGUGGACCUCUUUUACUCUUCAGUAGUUACUCCUAAAAUGUUGUCUGACCUCCUUUCCGAGAGAAAAUUAAUCACAAUUAUAGGUUGCACUCUUCAAUUCUACUUCUUUUGUGCACUGGCAGGCACAGAGAUCUUGGUCCUCUCGGUCAUGGCGUAUGACCGAUAUGUUGCUAUAUGCCACCCUCUCCACUACGUCUCAGUUAUGACUAAUGGGAAAUGUCUUCGUCUUGUGAUUCUCUCAUUCUUUAUUGCCUUUGUGCAGUCAGUUGCACAGACCAGCAGUCUAUUCAGUCUUGAAUUCUGUGACUCUAACCUUAUAGACCACUUCUACUGUGACAUCCCUCCACUGGCCAGGCUGUCCUGUUCCAAAAUCCACAUCUGCACCAUCGUCACCCUUUUCUUUGGGGGUUCUUGUUGCUUAUGUUCAAUGACAAUCAUCCUGGUCUCCUACAUCUUCAUCAUGAAUUCUGUCUUACGGAUAAACUCUGCGGCUGGCAGGAGGAAAGCAUUUAGCACCUGCUCCUCACAUCUGAUGUGUUCUACCAUCUUCUAUGUUGCAGUUGUCUGUGCUUACUUUCAUCCAUCCUCCAGUACCCUCAAAACACAGGAAAAGGUAUCCUCUGUAUUCUACACGGUGGUGACUCCAAUGGUAAAUCCUCUUAUCUACAGCCUGAGGAACCAAGAGGUGAAAAAGGCCAUCAUAAGACUGCUUCAAAAGCGUUCCCAUUCACAUAUGUGAUAUCAUGAUACCUAUCCAACUUAAACAUACAUAGUUCAAAAGAUGGUUGAUGAUAACCUGUGUGGAAAGAGAUAUAGAAGUAGUCAUUGUUGAGUUUUCCUACUUGUCAUGGUAAUCCAGUUUACUUUAAACUGAGCUCCCAGUCUCUCUCACUAGACUUGCUGAUCCAUUGCCACUGGAUCCCCUAAACUCUUCCAAUCUUUUCACACAAUAUCUUCCUUAAGCGUCACUCCCGCGUCCCUGCUGGGUCCCUAGCUUGGCACUCACAGAUACUCUUCAGGCAUCACCC